AUGAAGGUGUCUGUCCUGCUUCUGCUUGGAACUUCUAUGUUCCUGGGUGGUUUGUGCAAGAAGGAGAAGAAAGAGGAGCCCUUCUUUGUCGACAUCGUAGUUCCAGAAUCCGGCCGAGACUUGGGAGCCACGGUGGCAUUUAUACAUGAUACACUGGAUAGUGUGGAGGGUCUUAGAGUGGAACAAGCCUUCAAAGUGGUUGGAGAACCCCGAGUUUUAGGCGUUGUCAGGUCUGACGCCCUGUGUGCCUGGAGCCCGUUGGAGGAUGCCUUGUUUGCAGCCAACAUCAGCAUGACCGUGACGUCCCUCUACAGAGCAGAGGACCUCGACGCGGACCUGAACAUCGACAGCGACCUCCUUGCGAAGGCUCCCGCUCCGGCCAACUUAACCGGGGACUACAUCUAUUUUUGGGAUAUGACCUUUAUCAUGCAAGGUCUCACCGGCCCGGAGUACAAGGAGGAAAUACGAGCCAGUGCGGAGCAUGCCUUGAGACGUCGGAUUGAUGGCUUACAGGAGCUGAGUUACCAGGCCCUCGGGGACCUGCCAUUCCGUUUGCUGGUGUUUUCUGCUCUGUCCCCGCAAAGUUCGGAGUUGAUUGUGUGGAGCUUCAACCGAGGGCAGCUAGAGUUCACGUCAGCGGUCCGCCGGGUUCAGUAUCUCCAUGACUACGUGUAUAACCGCCGCUGCAACUGAACAGACACC